AGUCAGUGAGUUUAGUGUCAGUCUGCUGGAGGUAAUUCCGCGCACUGGAGGAAAGGAGAAUGGCGUUAGUGCAGGCUGUGGUAUCUCCUGCCUGGCUGGCCAAGGCAAUCAGCAGCGCUAAGACCGGGCCGUUGCGGGUCUUGGACUCCUCUUGGUAUUUGCGAAAAAUGCAGAGGGACGGCAGGAAGGAGUUCAAGGAGAAGCACAUCCCCGGCGCUACCUUCUUCGACUUGGACGAAUGCAGAGACCGCUCCUCCCCUUACGAGCACAUGAUGCCCGGGCAGGAGCUUUUCUCCCGAUACUUGGCCAACCUGGGCAUCUGCAACGACACCCACGUCGUCAUCUACGAUGCCAGCGAUUUCGGGCUGUACACUGCCCCCCGGGUCUGGUGGAUGUUCCGGGCUUUCGGUCACAGCCGGGUGUCGGUGCUGGAUGGCGGCUUUAUCAAUUGGUGCAGGGAGGGUCUCCCGGUCACUUCGGAACUGCAGGACUACCCCGUGGCUGAGUACAAGGCAAAAGCCAAACCCCAGGUCAAAAGUUACCAGGAGAUCCUGGACAACAUCCAGAGCAAACAGUUCCAGCUGGUGGAUGCCAGGCCUGAGGGCAGAUUCAAAGGCACUGAGCCUGAACCCAGAGAAGAUAUUGAACCUGGGCACAUCCCCGACAGUAUCAAUAUCCCCUUUAAUACCUUCAUGGAUCCAGAGACUCUCAGGAUGAAGAGUGAAAAGGAGCUGCAGUGCCUGUUUGAGGAUCACAAUGUCGACCUGAAGAAACCACUGGUAGGGACGUGUAGUAUCGGGAUCACUGCCUGCUUUGUUGCCCUUGGUACCCACAUCUGUGGGAAAGAAAACGUGAUGAUCUACGAUGGUUCCUGGCAAGAGUGGUUCACCCGGGCCGACCCCAGUCACAUUAUCUUGGCGAAAAAGGAGAAAGUCAAAUAGGCAGCACUGAAAGCAAUGUUUUAGAUUGUGCUGUUCCCGUACCAAAAUUAGUAGAUAAUUUGAGAGUCAUUCUUUAGUUUUAUUUGACUGACCAACGAAUCUAUUUUUUAUUGUGUUGGAGGUAAGAGGAGAAGGUCAAGUCAAAGCAAGUAUUUACUGGCAUUCCCCACUAUCCAAAAGCAGAGCAUUUCUAUGAAACGUGUAAAGCAAAGAAGCAUCAACUCAUAUGGGGAAAAAUUUCACCUUUGUUCAUAAAAGUGAAAAUCCUCUUUGGAUUUACGAAAACGUGUACUAAUGUAGGUCUUUCGUAAAAAUGAAGUGGCUUGAAGCGAACUUGCGAAAGACAGGGGAUAGCUGUACUUGAAAGGUUUGAUCUAUUCCCUGGUAGAAGGGUCCUGUGAAUAAUUAGCAAGUGUUCUUCUGGGUAUUGAUGGCAACAACAGGUGGCCCUCUUUUGUCUUGUUGUUUCAGUCAUAGUUUUGUAUUUGUCAAAUGAUGAUUUGCCCGGAGACUCGACCUUUUUCACAAGAUGCAGCAGGAUGGCAGGCAAAAAGAAGCCAAGGACAGUUUGUUGAGAACCGCUCUAAAUGUAUAGUCAGUGAUAGAAAAGUGAUGAGAGACGUGUGACUUGUGAAGGGAAAUGAAGCCAUUUCUGGGGAACAUUUAGCACCUUCCAGAAUCAUUCACUGUUUUGUUUCUUGCCGUAUUUGUUUGGGGCACGACGUUGUCAUUUCCUGAAGGUGCUACAUGUGCUGAGGCUGAGUGUCCACUGCGUUUCAAAAUGCUUCUCUCAGUGAUUUACUCCUUGAAUGCAGUGACUGCUCUGUGUAGCCAAGAUUUUAAAGUGAGACCAGAUGGCCUUUGAUGAGUAUAGGAUGUCAGAGUUGAAUUAAGUCUGGCAUUUCUUCCCUUUCUAAGUGAAAUGCUUUGUUAUUGAGUCGAUGUUCCUCUUCUUAUUAACAUCAUUAACUAUAAACUCACAGCCUUUACAACAUCACUUGUGGAUCAAGAGUUAGUUUACUUAUGCUGCUCCCAAAAGUGUGAGAGAAAUAAAGGCUACAUUCCUAUUCUGUUCUUUACCUAAGCCACACAACGGAAAACAGAAAACAUUUCCCCUCAGCAUGGAAGAAAUAUGUAGAGGAGAAUAAGACUUGGCUGAACUAUGCAUCCUGUCUGGACUUGCUUUGUAGAAAUUGAGAAUGUCUUCAGGGCAAGUAUGUAUCUUACCUCCAGUUCUGACUUGUUAACAUGGGAAUGCUCCAUUGUUAAUGACAGUAAAGUUAGUCUGGAUUGCAGAAUAAAUAGCAGUGAACAAUUCCUGGCAUUGCAAUGAAACUUGUUUCUUGAAAUAACAUUCUGAACAUUUUCUAGCAACAUGUUCAGCCUUGUUAUUAAUCUUUAUAUGCUUAAUACAUAUCGAAUGCGCCUCUGUCCUUCUCAGUUUACACACAGGCCAAGUAUGUUGUAAUGUAGAUUUAAAAGAGACAUUGGAAAAGGAGAUGGAACAUUGUACAAAAAAAAAGCCUUCCCUGUACAGUGCGAUUAAAAGAAAUAAUGGUACAGGAGUUGGCCAGUCAAUACCAAAGUAAUCUAUUUUGUUGCAGUAAAAAGUUUCCCUUGGGCUACUUGAAAUGUUUAAUUAAAAUAUUCAGAGUUUCAAAGGAUUUGUGUGAGACAAAUGUGUCCAGAUCAGUUUUGAGAGAGGCUUAAUUCAGAGAAUAGUCAAAGAGGGUAUAUGGGGAUUAGUAUUACUGCAUAAAUUUGAUGAAUUGGAGUUUGCACAUUGUUUAAUGUACUUGAAAAUAUAGAGGUAGGUUUGAUACAAUGAGAAGUCAAGCAAUCUGAAGUAUUCAAUCAGUCUGUAACAGAUAAGCAAUUGCAGAGCAACUUGGCUGUGGGCUUAAGUCCCACUCCAAUGACAUCCAACACAAAAUCUAGACUGAUUCUCCAAUGCAGCAUCCAAGGAAUACUGCACUGCCAGACAUACUCAGUUUCUCAUAAGACAUUAAACCAAGGCCCUGACUAUGCUCUUAGCUCAAACUGAGAGGCAAAUAAACAAUGUUACGAUUUGGAGAUACCGGUGUUGGACUGGGGUGUACAAAGUUAAAAAUCACACAACACCAGGUUAUAGUCCAACAGGUUUAUUUGGAAGCUAGUGUGCUUCCAAUUAAACCUGUUGGACUAUAACCUGGUGUUGUGUGAUUUUAAACAAUGUUACAGCUUCAGGCCACUGAAAGGCUUGUUAACACUUGUUGUACAUUAACUGUUAUUUGUGUCCCUGACCCAAGGAAUGCCAAUUGUAAUCAUUUUAAUAAAAUUAAUUCAGUUAA